AAGCAGCAGACGCCGUGACCAUGUCGACCAUGGUCACAGGGUGCAUGUUCUGAGUGGACAUGCACCAUGCAGUUUCCACAAGUUCCGACGAGCGGUCCGUCGUGAUCUGCCCGGACAAGCCAACCAGACAGCGUAUCGAGUUCUCGUCCCCUCCGUCCCCCACCCCGCGCGAGCAACCGUGAGCGAGACAGCUUGUGGCUGACGAUGUGUGCGUGUUGACCACCCGAGUGACGCCAGCCGACAGGAGCCGCGCCAUGCAUCAUGCCGGUGAUCCAACCCUGGUAGGACGUCAGCCGGUCGGGAGCGUCCACAACGGCAGUCACCAGCGCUACGACGCGCCGCAGCCACAGCAGCAUAUGCCACCGGUGGGGGGCGUGGCCGUGGGAGCGCCGCCGGCCAGUGCCGCGCUCGGGGGGCAUGCCGGACAGCCAAACAGCGUCGGGGGUGGCGGUGGCGGUGACGGAGGCGGGCCGUAUGGCGGACCUCAGCAAGAGUAUGUCUACGAGAACCUGCCGCCCUCAUGUGAGCAACGGGGUGACGGGUGGGCGAUUGAAGCGAGGCGAUGUGUGUCAAUCAGUCGGCCAGCCAGCCACCCAGGCAGACAGAAGUGAUGUGAUCGCUUCCUCCUUAUCAUCCACUGUCUGUGUGGCCUGCCUGUGCUCUGUGUUGGUGUGCUUGUGCUUGUGUGUGUGUGUGUGUGUGUGUGUGUGUGCAGAUGCGCCGAUGAGCAAAGGGCCGAUGAACAGCCAGGUGAGGUGGUGCUGAGCGCACUCACAGACAGGACGAUUGUUGCUCCUCACAGACACUCACGUCCCCCUUUCCCGCCAUGUGUGUGUCUCGCGUCAAUGUGUUGUGUUGUGUGCUGGCUGGUCCCAGGGUCCCCCCGCGCAGCCCCCUCCGGUGACCCGGGCCAUGUCGAGCCUCCUGGACGACAAACAAGCCAAAACGUUUCAGCCCUGGCACCUGGGGCCCCGCUCCAGGAAAGCCGUGGACGGCCAGGCCGGCAUGGGUGACGGCAGCCAGGAGGGAUACGGCCACCAGGACACAAACCACAUGCCAUUGGUCAGCAAGUGCACCGAUCCCAUCCAUCGUGCACAGGAGGGAGCAUUCUUGUAUGUGUGUGUGAUUGGGUCGCGUCAGGGUGGUCGUGAGGAGCAGCCGCCCAUGUCUUCCCACGGCGGCCACAGCGGUGGUCUGGGGGCAUCUCAGCUGUGGUACCCUGACCAGCAGCACCAUCAGCACCAGCAGCAGCAGCAGAGUGGGAGCUUCGUCCCCCCACCGCGAGAGAAGAGGAUCCUCGAGAUAAGGGACCCCAAGAGCGGUCAAACGAUCAACCCCACCGGCAAGAGCGAGCAGCAGAGGGGCGACCGCGAUGGCGCAUCCAGCGAUGCGGGCAGCACCGUCGACGACAAAGGCAUGCGACCGUCGGGAAUGGGCCCCGCGCCGAUCGACGCCUCAUCGAUGUUGAGGCCCCCCCAGCAUCCGGCAACGGCCGCGCCAUCCAUUGUGCCCCCCCAGGCCAAUGGCGGGCCGGCCAGACCUCCAGCAAGCGUCCCGCCAGCACCUAUGGCGGCUGGUGUUGGUGCAGGGGCAGGGGCGGGCGGUGGCUUGCCGCCCCAGCCGACCUCGUCUCAGCAGCGACGGAAGAAGAUCACCAACGUGGGAUUGGGCAAGGGGGGCGAGAAGCCCUCGCCCAGCCCGCACAAGGAGGCCAGCAGCGACGAGCAGCGCACCAUGGCGCCGCCAGAGAGCGCUCGCAGCAGCCCACAGCCGUCCAACGACGCCACCCAGAUGGACGCCGUCGGCCAUCCCCCAACCGACGGCCGCCCGUCGGCGUCGGCAGCGAGUAUGGUCAGCAGCCACAGCGGGCCCCCGCCGUUCCCUGGCUACCCUGCUACGACGCCUCCUUACACGCAACAGCAGCAGCAGCAGCAGCAGCCGAUGCCCCCUCCCCCAACGUAUAUGGCGUCACACCACCCACCAACUGCCGCAGCUGCUGCUGGUGCCCCGUAUGGCCCGCCUCAGGGCGAUGGCGGCCCUCCUGCGUUCCAGACGCCCCCGCCCCCUCACCCCAUGCCGCAUCAGCAGCAGCAGCAGCAGCAGAAGAGACCUAACGGUGCGCCGGUGCGCCAGCCGCCACCGCCCGGCGCGCAGGGAAUGUUGGCGAGCCCACAGCAGAUGGGCCAGGGGGGCGAGUAUCGGGGGAUGCCGCAGGGGCAGCCGCAGCCCCCGCCCCCUCCACCCCCUCCCCCGCCCACAACGGCUCCACAGCCCACAGGGGGCGAGCAGAAGAGGAAGCAUCGCAUCGAGAACCGCGGUCUGAAGCAGGAAGUGGCGGGGGGCAAGAAGCCGGCGGGCGCGGCCACUGGCUCCCUCCCGCCGUCGGCCAUGCCGACACCGUCACAGCCACAGGUGCCGCCGCACGCGCACUCCCACCCGCCCACGCCCUCACAGAUGCCUGGGGCUGGCAUGAGUAGCGGACAGGGGCUGCUGCCACAUCCGUCCAUCUACCCUCAUGGACCGUCGGGGACCGCCCAGCCGCCGCCGCCGCCCCAGCCGCCGUUCGCGACGAGAGGGCACACGACGGAGAGCUAUGCCGAGUAUCCCUAUCCCGGGCCUCAGGUGGCGAGAGGGGGUGCAGCGGGGCCGGGCAGUCUGUCGCACCAGCAUAGCCUAGCUGGGGGUGGUGCGGCGCAGCCCGAGGUGGGUGGGCCGUCUCGGCCUCCGCCGCCCCCGUUGAUGAGUCCUGACGUCGUGGUGGGUUCGCAAGGGCGGCCUCCCCCGCCCGCGCCCUCUUACCCGAUGCAGCAACAACAGCCGCCACUGAUGCAACAGCAGCAGCCGCCGGUCAGCCCGACGCCCCCAGACGCGGGCAUGCAACAGCAGCAGCAGGUGGGCGGGGCCGAGGGUCGGGCCAAGCGCGGCAAGAACAAGAUCGGCAAUGUGGGCAUCACAGCCAAGAAACCACCACCCGCAGCCGCACCACCGACAGCGCCACAGCCUGCACCGUCGAUGCCUCCCCCCCACCAGCAGCAGCCGCAGCCACAGCCCCAUGAGAAGCCGCCCCCCGCGUCCAUCCCCCCAACGCCCACUCAGCCGCCGGCCAUGCCACCCCGAGACAGACGGGGGUCGGGGCUGCUCGAGACGCCCUCUCCCUCAGAGCGAAUCGUUCCACCCAAGACGGCGCCCCAGGGCCGCGACCAAGACAGCUGGCGCAGCAGCCACGGCGGCCGGCCCGACACUCGUGGUGCGCCGUCAGAGCCGUACAAGACGCCGCCCAAGACGAUGCCCCAGAAAGGUGUGGCUGGGCCGUACAUCCCGCCGCCACAGCGGAGCCGGCUGCAGAACUUCCCCAUGGAGGGGGGCGUGCAGCGGAUCGAAGUUCUCUCCACACCUACCCCGACACCGACGCCCAAGCGCGAGACCAACCUGCAAACCGUGCCCGAGAAGGGGGAGAGUGAGGCGACUGCUCCGGCGCCCACCGCGGCAGCUGUUGCUGAGCCUGCCCGGGCUGCUGCACCAGUACCAGCACCAGCACCGGCGCCGGCGCCAUCGUCAGCGCCACCCCAGCAGCAGCCGGGGCCUCCUGUGGUGAUUCCUUAUCAGCCGCAGCCGGUGGUGCCAUUCCCCGCCGACAGAAUCGCCGAUGCAUCGGCCGCCAUGGCUUACCUGCAGUCACAGCAGCCGCCGCACCACCCUGCCCACCCAGCGGCAGGCGUGAUGCCCCUGGUCACAGCCCCGCCCAUCAUGGCGAUUCCCCAGGCGGUCAUUCCGCCCAUUCAGCAGCUGCAGCAGCCUCCGCCACAGCCACAGCCACAGCCGGUCGAUCAGCCAUCGGCUCUCGCUGCGGCUGCGGCAUCUGCUGGUGCUGAGGAGGGGGCAGGGCGGAAGAAGAAAAAGAAGAUCACCAACGCGGCGCUGCCGGCAGGCAAGACUGCCCCCACAGAGAAGGAGGGCGUCAAAGCGGUUGAAGACCAGACAGACGAGGUGAGACAAAAGGAUAUGGAUGCACCCACCGACCUUUGGAGUGUAUCUAUUCCUCUGCUCUGUAUGUCCUUCCUUCGAGCUGUCCUGUCAGGCGUCCCUGGCCCCGCCGUCCGGCCCCCCCACAGAACCCACCUCCCCAGCCCCCAAGCCCGACGAGGCCCCCACCGAGCCAUCCCCCACCCCACCACCCCUUCCCCCCACACAGGCCCCAGAGGCACCCCCCGCUGCACCCUCAGAGCCGCCUGCCCCGCCACCCACGGCAGCAGGACCUCCUGCGCCACCAGCUGCGGCGGCUGCUGAAGGCGACACAGUCACUGACAUAGAGGACCUCAAGCCGAGAGAGCGGCCAGAGGAGCCACACGUGGCAGACGAGACAAGGGAGGAUGCAGCAGCAGCAGCAGCAACAGCAGCGGGAGAGCAGGAGCAGCCACCGACUGCACCAGCAGCAGCAGCGGCCGAGGAGCCUUCAAAAGAGGUUGCUGCUGAGGAGGGUGAGGCCGAAGUUGAGGAGGAGGAGGGUGAGCGUGAGCGUCGGCAGGAGGGUGAUGAGGCGGCUGUGCCGAUGGCUUUGCCGGUGUCUGUGCGCGAGAGCCCGUCCAAGCCGGGCGUGGUGGUGGUCCAGGGCAAGAAGCCCCCGCCGACCCCCACAAAGACGUCGUGGAAGGAGAAGGAGGGCGACCUCGACAAGGACCCCUUCGCCGCACCCAAACCAGGUCAGUCAGUCACUGAAUCAAUCCAACCAAUGGGGCGACGAACGACCGAACCAAGGAAGAAUGAGCCGCCCACCGGUCUGUGUUUAUUGCAUUGCAGGUUCAGCCGCGGCAGCUGCUGGUGAGAUGGAGGAGCCCGGGGCGCCCGAGGUUGAGGGCCAGGAGGAGGAGGGCCCACCGGAGGGGGAGGAGCCACCGCUAGAUGAGGAGGAAGAGGUCAGCGGGCGGGGAAAUGAACGCUGCACUGCACUGUACUGCACUUCAUUGCCUGUCUGUCUGUCUGUCUGUCAUUGCGUGUGUGCAUCAGAAUCCCGACAAUUGGGAGGACAUGGCUGAGGCGAGAGUGAGCCAGCCACCCACCAUUGUCCGCAGACAACAGCUUGCAGACGACGUACGCUGUCACACACACACAACACACACACACACACACACAUCGACAGCCGUCAGCUCAGCUCGUGUGCCAUUUAUUAUGUGUUAUGCAGGAUACCUCCCGCCGCGUGUACUCCCGAGACAGACUACUCGCCUACAAGCCGCCGGUAGUAAGCCACCAGAGCCCCCACCCCACACAGAGAGACUGACAAGCCAAGCCAUGUGCCAGGGUGCAUAGCAUCGGUGCUCUCUCUGUGUGCAGGUGAGCGACGAGCCGCCCGAGGAGGUGGCCAAUCUGCGGGAUGCGGCCGUGGAGCGGCAGCCAGGAGGCGCCUUCGACUCCAGGCCUGGGUUCCGGGGCGGCUUCGGCUCACGGGCGACAAAGAAGCUGUAAGUGCCACAUCGCGUCGCAUCAAUCAAACAAGAGAGAGCACCAUUCACGAAUUAAUGAAUGGGGAGAUGUGUGUGUCGCAUCGCUUUGUGUGUCAGCGGCGAGCCUCCCGGCCGCUUCGGCGUCAGUCUGCGGCCUGGCGGAGGGGGAGGACUGCCAUCUACUGUCCCGGUGCGUCUGUCUGUCUGUCUGUCUGCAAACGCCGACACACAUGCACUGAUUCUUUGCACCUUUGCUUGCUGCAGAAGUUUGGCCAGGACUUCAAGCCGUCGACAGCCCGGCUGGACAGCUACCCCAAGAAGUCCCCUCCGAGCGACCGGCGGGCGCCCCCCUACGGGGGCUACGGCGGCUACGGCGGCGGGGGCGGGUACAGCUACGCAUCACCUCCCGGCUCAUUCGGCAGGGGUCAGUGCAAUAUUCAUUGUACAAGGAUGGAUGGAUGGACGGAUGGCUUUGUGUGUAUGUGGCUGGCAGCGCCCCCCCCUGGAGCGGACGGUGGGUACGUUCCAGUGCCGAAGCCGAGUGCCAACGCGUACCGUGUGACGAAGCCGACGGAGAGGAACCAGGUCAUCGAGCGGGACGCCAAGAGCAAACUCAACAAGCUCACCAUCGAGAAAUUCGAAGUCAUCGCCGAAAAACUUGGUGGGUGGGUAGCUCAGCUCGGUGGCACUCACGGGGAGGGAGGGAGGGAGGGAGGGAGGGGGGCCACGCUUCGUCACGUGUGUGCCUUGUCCGUGUGUGUGUGCGCGUGCAGCCCAACAAGGCGAGCAGCUGCAGAGUGAAGAGGAGCUCGACCUGUUUGUCGCUAUCGUUUUCGAAAAGGUCACUCACACCCAUAUCCCCACCCUCCCCACCCUCCCCCACGCAUUGGAGCAUUGGAUGGAUCCAUGUCUGUCUGUCUGUCUGUCUUGUCUGUGGUGUGUCUGGUGUGUGGUGUGGUGCAACGCAUGAAUGAAUGAAGGCUGUGUCCGAGCCCAACUUCAGCGAGAUGUACGCUGACCUCUGCCAGAUCCUCCGCUGGCGGUCACCCGAGUUCCCACACGAGAAGGAGAAGGGCAAGACCUUCUACAGGGCGCUCCUCAACAAGUGCCAGGAGGAAUUCGAAAAGUGGGCGGGGCGACCGAAGCACUCACACAACAGACACACACAACUUUGAUCAUUCCUGUGUGUGUGCGUGUGUAAACAACCAGGCUGCCCGAGACCAAGAUGACGCUGAGCGACGAGGACAAGGCGAAGCUCUCGUCCGACGACCAGGAGAUCAAGCUCAAGAAACUCAAGGACCGAAUACUAGGAAGUGAGCACCUCCAAUCCACUCACGACACUCUCUCUGCUAUGCCUCUGUGUGUGUGUGUGUGUGUAGACAUCAAGUUCAUCGGGGAGCUGUUCCUGCGUCGGUUGCUGUCGGCCAAGGUCGUCAAGGAGGUCGUCACCUCACUCAUCGGCGCGGACGCCUCCUACUCGCCAGAGGAGCUCUUCAUCGAAUGCCUUUGCAAGCUCAUCACGACCAUCGGUCGGUACUCUUAACUAACACACAGAGGGAGAGAGAGGGAGGGAGGGAGGGAGGGAGAGGACAGGCAGACAGACAGGCAGACAGCCGAGGUGCGGUCGCUAUGGCUUCAGGAUCGACGCUCGAGUCCACUGACGCCGGCAAGCAGCUGCUGACGCACUUCAGCAGCCGAAUGAAGGAGCUCAAGGCCCAGGACAAGUACUCCAAGCGGAUCAAAUUCGCACUACAGGUACGCACCUGGGCACGAGGGCAUGUCCAUUUGUCGGUCUCUCCCUCCCUCACGCCAUCGUGUGUGUGUCUGCGCAGGACGUAUUGGAUUUGCGUCAGAACGACUGGCGGCAGAAGGUGCACAAGGAGAAGGCAAAGUCGCUCAGGGACAUCAGAAAGGACGUGAGCACACUCCCCUUCCCCCCCACACACAUCGCACACAGAGGCAGCAAAGCUCAUACGCCGUUUGUUUGUCAGGUCGAGAGGGAGGAGGCCAUGGGCGGUGCCAUCCACGCGGCGCAGCAAGGCACCUUCCAGUUCGUCGGCAGAAAGACCGACGUACGCACGCACACCAUUACACACACACCAACCAAACACACUUUGACGCAUCCACCAUGUCUUUUGGUUGGUCGGUUCAUCCAUCCUUCAGACGAUCUACGCGUCCUAUAUGGACAAGCAGCGCGAGGCGUUCGACUCCAAGGAGAAGGCCAAGAAGGAGAAGUCCCAGACCAGCACGCCCACACAACAACCGGCCGCACCGUAAGCAAGCUGAGCUAAACGACACACACCUAGAAAACGUCCCUCUGAUGACCGUCCUUGCCCUGCUGUGCUGUCCUCUCUGUGUGUGUGCGUGUGUGUGUGUGUGUGAUGAUGAUGAUGAUGCACACAGCAUUCGUGUGGUGCACAUGACCAGUGCCGGCACCCACGCCGGCCCGCUGGCGCCCAUUCGCGAGAGGGAGAGCAGGGCCGAGAGACACGCCGCACAACCAGCACCACUCGACGGUACGCCACACACACACACAGAAGACCAUCCCCUCACACGCACGACAUCCAUCCAUCCAUCCACGUGCAGUGCGUCGCGACGCGGACCGUUCAGCGCCCCCCACUCCCGCGACGCCCACUUCUCUGGGCUUCGCGGCGCCGACCAGCCCGCCCGAGGGUUCCCCCGGUGUGCCGCCCAAGCAGGAGAGCGAGGGCGACGAGUUCGUGCUGCGGGACGACGUCAAGCGGGUCGUGUCGGACUAUGACACUCACUACUGGGAGUGAGUGGGCAGCAUAGCAACCGGCUGGCGAUUGUGACUGUUGAGUGCACUGGUUGCGUUGUGUGUCGUUGGCUGUUGGUUUAGGCGCACGGUGCAUGAGUGGAAGGCUCUCGGACUUGACGAGGAGACUCACCGGACCCAGCUCAUGGCGGUCAGAGAGACUGACACAACUCCACUCGGAUCACUGCUCUGUGUGUGUGCCUUGCACAACUGUCUGUCUGUCUGUCCCUCUCUCUGUGUGUGACUUGUCUUGUAUCGUGUGCAGAUCUUUUCGCAGGGCCUGGAGGACGUCAAGAAGUGCCAGCAGAACGCCGACUUGCUGGUCCUGCUCGCAUCCGAGGGCGUGGCCUCCUUCGCCGACAUCGUCAACAUGUCCGCCCGCACCGCAUCACUCACGCACACAGACGACAGACGGCCGGACGGACACAUCCUUCUGUGUGUGUGUCUCCCUCGGUGGUGCAGGUGGAACCACUUUGUGGAGCUGGGCGAGGACGUGGGCGAGGACGGCGAGCGGCGAAGCUCGCUCGACGACUACUGCCUCGACAACCCCAAGGCCACACACAUGUACGCUGAGAUCCUCUACCAGACCCUCAAGGAGGCCUUCCGUAAGCCAAGCCACAAACACACAGCACAGACAGGGUCCUCACCCACACAACACAACACAACACACGUGUGCUGUGUGUGUUGUGUCCAUAACGGGUGUGUGUCAGGCAAUACGCCGGGUGUUGACGAGGCCUUCUUCGCCAGCCUCAACUCGCCCAACUCGCCAGAGAAUGAGCAUCGCGUCAACGAGGUACGAUACGGUGCAUCGUUAGGCAGUCUGGCUGCACCCGGCCGCCCAUCCUUCGGUGUCUGUGGCGGGGCGGGCUGUGUGCAGAUCCUCCGACAGGUGUGUGGCACUUGCUUCAAGAGGCCCGUCCGCUGGCUCCUCGCCAUCAGGAAGCUCCGGGCGUUCCUCAACAAAAACGACACCAGGGACCUCAGCGACAUUCAACAGGUCUGCUCAUCAUUCACCAACACGCACACGCCCACACACACACGCGCAUAUUCUCUCCCUCCCUGUCCCAUUCAGGAUCUUCUCGGCCCCUACGCGCCGUUCGUGUCGGCUCUGCGGAGUCAGCUGGAGCAGGGGCCCAUCGGCAGGCCGCAGCUCGAGGAUCUGCUGACCCGGGCGCACGACCUGGUCGGCGAGUUCGACGACUACGGCACCCUCGUGUUGGCGGAGCUCCAUGCAGCGGCAGAGACCAAGCAGGAGCCGUGGAAAAGCGCCCUCGAGCAAUGUCAGUCAGAAGACAGAGACAGAGAGAGAGAGAGAGAGAGAGAGGCCAGAGAGGCCGGCCAGCGAUUGCCAGUGGUUGCAUGUGUGUGUGUGUGUGUAUCGUCUGUCAGCUCGCGAUGCGUUGGACUCUCUGUUGGGUCCGUCUGCCAUCGGCGCGGUGCCGAGCCUCAGCCGCACGGCCAAGGAGAAACUCAUCGAGGACUUUGGCAGGGACUACGUCAUAUCCCGACAUGGUACGGUCAGACAGACAGUCAGGCCGCACACGCAAAGCAAAGCCGGUGUGUAUGCUCAUGUGCUUCUGGCGUGUGUGUGCGUGCGUGCGUGUGUGUGUGUGCAGACGAAAGUGUGCUGGCGUCGAUGUUGCAGGAGUGGGGCUUCAUGGGCGAGGGCGACGCGGCUGCCGAGGACUCGACAGCAGGAGAUGCUUAAACCAAACCAACAGUAAUGGAGCACUCACACACAAGGGGGCGCUCCGAUUUUUCGUGACGACGAGCAGACAGACAGACAGACAGAGUGCUGUGUGCGGGCGAAUGAGUGAGGGAGGGCUGUGAGAGAGAGAGGGCUGUGUUGUUUGUUUAUCGCACGCUGCUGCUCAGUCCAUCCGUCGGUCAGGUGGUUCGGUCAGUGUGUGCUUGGUUUAAUGUUUGUGGGCUUCUGUGUGUUUGUCUGUCUGUCUGUCUGUCUCUCUCUAGCUACCUAGGGUGGCACCACACACACAUCCAAGACCAGACCUCACUCAGCACACAUGGGGAGGGAGGGUGAUUCCAGAAUGAGUCUUGGUGCGUGUGCGACUCUUUCUCUUUGCCGCUCUGCCCCGGCCGCUGUUUGUUUGUCUGUCUGUCUGUCUGUCUCUCUGUCUCUCUGUCUCUCUGUCUGUCUGUCUGUCUGUCUGUCGCGCUGAGCGAUGCGACGCGAUGCGAGGCGUGUGUGUGCGGCCCUUUUUUUCCUCAAGUGGCAGGGCAGGCAGACACAGGCAGUCAGUCCAUGUGAGCGGGUUCUAUCUAUCCACCGGACGGUGACGUGACUUUUGGCUUCGCUUCGCUUCUCUUCUCUCUGUGCGUGGGGCUUUCAACAGGGCGGGCGGCAUCCAUCCAUCCAUCCAUAACCAACCAGCACACCCGCGCACAUCCAUUAUAUGCAAGAAACACACGGGAAGGCAGGCAGGCAGGCAGGCGGCCCUUGGUCGUCUGUGGCUCUUGGGGGAGAGACGCAGACCGACUGAAGGUGCUGUUGGCACAACCAAGGCAGCCCUUUCGCCUCGCUCAGCGGCGACCUACCUCCAUGUGGGUGGUGCAUACGCUGUAGGUGGG